AUGAUAGCUGAAUUAAUAAACUAAAACAUCUUAUAGAAAAUAAUUUUGGUACCAUGUGGUAAUAGAAAAGAUAAAUAAUUAACAGAUGGAUUACACAGAUAUAAAAUGCUCUAAUUGCUGGUAGAAACUAAAGAUUAAUUAAAAAAUAUAGAUUCAGUUUUCAUUGAUGAUUAUGAAUUAUAAAAUGGAUAAUUGGUGCCAACAUAUUACUUGUUAUAAAAACUGAGGGAGAAAUAUUAAAAUGUUCAUUUUGUAAUUGGCAGUGAUUUAGUAAAUACCUUACCUAAUUGGGUUGAGGGCUAAAAGUUGAUUGCAGAAACUAAUUUUAUCAUUCUCAAUAGAAGUUCACAUAAAAUUGAGUAAAUUACAAAUCUACCUCCAAAAUAUGAAUUGGUUUAAAAUUUUGAAUACGGAAUUAGCUCCACUGAAAUUAGGAAACGGAUCAAGAAUUCUAAAACUGAAUAUUUAGAUUGUUUAGGUGUAUUAACACCUGAAAUCAUCGAAUACAUUAAAGUAAAUAAUUUAUAUCGAUCAUGA